UGAUGGGGGGGCACAUGAGGGCUCAGGUGACUUAGCACCGGAGUAGUCCUGGGGUGGAGCCUGUGGGUCCCUCAUGGGCGCGGCUCUUUCUGGAAUGGUUACUUGCGGAGGCUUUGGACGCAGAGAGCCUUCCGUUGAGCUCUGGCUGGCCCCGUGGGUGUAGACCGGGAGCACGCAGGGCCGAGCGAGCUUCCUGAGGCCUGUGGGCGUGAGCGCCCUAUGGGGGGGCCGCUGUGUGGUGGGGGAAGAGGUGUUUCCUGCCCUGUAGGGGUGGGGGUGGAGGGCCUUUUCUCUGGGGCUUCUCUCUUGCAUUUUGGAGCUGUCUUGGGCUCUGCAGGGUGUGGAACAGCAUCCCUGGCCCCCACCCCCUCGAUGCCAGAAGCCACAGAUGUCCCCAGACGUGGUCCAGUGUCCCCUGGGGGCAGGAUUGUCCAGCACAGUGAUAGAAUCAGGAAGCACAUAUCAACACCAUAUCAUCGUCUAAUCCACGGGGCAGAUUCCGGUUUUGUCAAUUUGCACAGGAAGCUCUUCGUGGGCGGUCUUGACUGGAGCACCACCCAAGAGACGCUGCGCAGCUACUUUUCCCAGUAUGGAGAGGUUGUGGACUGCGUGAUCAUGAAAGACAAGACAACCAACCAGUCUCGAGGGUUUGGGUUCGUCAAAUUCAAAGACCCAAACUGCGUGGGCACAGUACUGGCCAGCAGACCACACACCCUCGAUGGCCGAAACAUCGACCCAAAGCCAUGUACGCCGCGGGGGAUGCAGCCGGAGAGGACGCGGCCGAAGGAAGGCUGGCAGAAAGGACCCAGGAGUGAUAACAGUAAAUCAAAUAAGAUAUUUGUCGGUGGAAUUCCUCACAAUUGUGGUGAGACAGAGCUCAGGGAAUACUUCAAGAAAUUCGGAGUGGUCACGGAAGUGGUCAUGAUCUACGACGCGGAAAAGCAGAGGCCUCGAGGUUUUGGAUUUAUUACUUUCGAGGACGAACAAUCAGUGGACCAGGCUGUCAACAUGCAUUUUCACGACAUCAUGGGCAAAAAAGUGGAAGUUAAACGGGCCGAGCCACGGGACAGCAAAAGCCAAGCUCCGGGCCAGCCGGGGGCCAGCCAGUGGGGCAGCCGGGUCGUGCCCAGUGCCGCCAACGGCUGGGCAGGUCAGCCCCCACCCACGUGGCAGCAGGGGUAUGGCCCGCAAGGGAUGUGGGUGCCAGCAGGACAGGCGAUCGGUGGCUACGGACCGCCCCCCGCGGGAAGAGGAGCCCCGCCGCCGCCCCCGCCCUUCACUUCUUACAUCGUGUCCACCCCUCCCGGAGGGUUCCCCCCUCCCCAGGGCUUCCCCCAGGGCUACGGCGCGCCCCCGCAGUUCAGUUUUGGUUACGGGCCUCCACCUCCCCCACCGGAUCAGUUUGCCCCCCCGGGGGUCCCCCCGCCACCGGCCACUCCAGGGGCUGCGCCUCUGGCCUUCCCGCCACCUCCGUCUCAGGCCACCCCGGACAUGAGCAAACCGCCGUCGGCGCAGCCCGACUUCCCGUACAGCCAGUACGGUUACGGACAGGACUUGGCGGGCUUCGGACAGGGCUUCUCAGACCCCAGCCAGCAGCCCCCCUCCUACGGGGGCCCCUCGGUGCCCGGCUCGGGGGGUCCCCCCGCCGGCGGAAGUGGCUUUGGACGCGGUCAGAACCACAACGUACAAGGAUUCCACCCCUACCGACGCUAGCCGCAGCACCUAGAGGAUGUCAGACGGCUGAGGCCAGGAUUCAAACUUGUGAACUCGUGACAAUCACAAACUUGGGGAAAAUACCAACUGGAGCGUGGGGGGCUUCUGGCGGUAGCUGUGGGCAUCUGGACCGAAGUUUUUAAACGUAUUCUUUCUCUAACCCAUCAGCUCAAUAAAAAAGUCACUGGUUCAACAACAGGGUUAAAAAAAUUCUUCAGCUUUAAUUCAAAACUUCAGGUUUCUUUUUCUUCCUUUUUUUUGAAAUUAUUUUCCUGAGCCUUUAUUUUACCGUAUAUUGUAAACUUUUAUGUUAAAGAAAAAAAUAUACAUUUACAAAUUGUGAGAUUUUUAAGAGAAAUUUUCUACAAUGUAUACUCGCUUAUUUUUUAAUUUAAAACAGGGUUUCUGUCGGCACUGGUGGAGGUGAGGGGCGUUUUUAGUCCCUCACUCCUGGCUUUGAGGGUUGGGACUCGUUGGUCCAGAAACUCUGGGAGCUUAAAGAAGAAAUCUACUGAGUGUGUUUUGUUUUUUGUUUAUUCUUUGCUUUUGUCGACUGGCGUGCCUGGCCACGUCUGCAGGUGCGCCGUGGGGCCGUGCUCGCCUGCGUCCGCCCUGGCGUCAAGGACCAGGAGGCCGGGCCAGCCCAUCUCCCGCGCUUGGGGCUUCAGGGCAUCCCCGCUGACCGGUUUGAAUAAAGAAAGUGCGUUUGGAUUAGAAA